AUGACGUGCUUUGGCGUAAGAUCGGACGCUUUCGAAAAAGGUCAUUCGUCUGCGUAUUUGAAACGAGCAAGAAAAGUAAGAACGCAAAAGACUUGUCCUAAUCAUUAUUUUCCUUUCUUCUCAUUCAAUCUACAAAGGAGCGCUUCGGCGUUUUCCAAAAAACGUUAUCCCUGUGAAUAUGUAACAAAGGAAGACGAAGGCAAAUUGGAAUGGGAACUUCCCUUGGCAUGUUGCGAAAAGUUCGUUAGUUAUUGUACAAAGCGUGAAAUCGAAGCAAGGAAAAAUCAACGAACGUUGAAAUCGGUCGGCUCACGAAAUGAAACUGCUGCUUAUUCUGCAAAACGUUACAUGUGUGAGUACGAAACAAAAGAGAAUCAACGAUCAACGUUUGAGCGAGACAGCGGUCAAACUGAUAAGUAGUAAGCGAGUUAUUGAAAAAACUACUUUUAAUAUAAUUAUUCUUUUUAUACCCUACACCACUUGUGGUAU